GCUGCAGCCUCGUGUAUGCGCUGCUUCACGCUGGUCCUCGGCAGUGAGAGCGAGGCAGGCAGGCUGCACGCCGCUCCGAGCCCGGAGACACUUUCCCAGAGGCACGGAGCCCCGCCGCGCGGCUCUCUCGGUACUUUGGGGUCGUUUCGGUCUCUGGUUCGGGGUGUGGACUCGGGGCAGACUCGACGGGACCGGAUCUUGGUGCGAGGCGGACUGGAGAACCCCCGAUGGUGCAUCUCCAUAGGAGCGCAUAGGAGCGCAGGACGAGUCUCCCCCGGAGGUUGGGCACAGAGACCCCGAUUUGGGGGGCAAACCCAGAUGAAGAUGGAGUCGUUUACCUUCUGCAGGACUGUCCUCAUCUUCUUCAUGUUUCCAUGUGUCCAGUGCUCAGAGAGUCAGACUGCAGUGUUCCUGCCAGAGUUUGCGCUCUCACCUCAGGGCAGCUUCAUGGAGGACGCCACAGAGGACCACUUCCUGACCUACAGAUACGACGACCAGGCAUCCAGGAUGACCCGCUCAGAUGAGGACAGGGAAAUCGGCUGGGAUGCCUGGGGCACCUGGAGCGACUGCUCUCGAACCUGCGGGGGAGGAGCCUCCUACUCACUACGACGGUGCCUCAAUGGAGGAAGCUGUGAAGGAAAAAAUAUCCGCUACAGAACCUGCAGUAACACGGACUGCCCUGCAGAGUCGGGGGAUUUCCGGGCCCAGCAGUGUUCAGCUCACAAUGACAUCAAGUACCAGGGCGUCACGUACGAGUGGGUCCCAGCGCCGUAUGACCCCACCACCCCCUGCGCUCUGCGCUGCCAGGCUAAAGGCCGAGGCCUCACUGUGGAACUGGCCCCGAAGGUGCUGGACGGGACUCGGUGCCGGACGGACGCCUUUGACAUGUGCAUCAGCGGAGUGUGUCAGGAGGUGGGCUGCGAUCGGCAGCUGGCCAGCGGUGCCAGGGAGGAUAACUGCGGCGUCUGCGGCGGCGACGGCUCCACGUGCCGCCUGGUGCGAGGACAGGCCCUACCCCACCUGACCCCCGAACAAUCUCUGAAGACGGUGCUGGAGGUCCCGAUGGGAAGUCGCUUUCUCAGACUCAACGCCAAAGGCCCCGAUAUGAUCGUUAUUGAAGCCGUGUCUCUUCAGGGGAGGAAGGAGGAGGCCGGUCUGCAGUCGACGGGCUCCUAUGUCAUAGGAAACACCUCCUUGGACUUUCAGAGGGGGAACGACCGGCAGACACUCAGGACGCACGGCCCACUCGGCGCUGAUUACAUCAUCAAGAUAAAGUACGGAGGCUCCAAGGACACCGUUGUCCAGUUUCUGUUCUACAAACCAAUUCGAUACCAGUGGAGAGAGACUGACUUCUUCCCCUGCUCGGUCACAUGCGGAGGAGGCUACCAGCUGAACUCUGCCGAGUGCACAGACAUCCGGUCCAACCAGACGCUGCCCGAGCACCACUGUAACAGCUACCCUGAGAACACCAAACCCACUCCAAAGCUGAAAGAGUGCAACAUGGACCCCUGCCCGGAGAGUGAUGGAUUCAAAGCAGUGAUGCCUCAUGACCGCUUCCAGCCUCUGCCUCGCUGGGAGCAGGGCCCCUGGACCCAGUGCUCGGUGUCCUGUGGUGAAAAUGGGGGCUGGCAGGAUCGCAGUGUGCUGUGUGUGGAGGAGGACGCCCACGGGCAGUUCUCCCAGGUGGAUGAGUGGAAGUGCACGCACUCCCCGCGACCUGUCGCCCGACAGAUCUGCAACACCUUCGCCUGCCCCCAGUGGGUGGCCAUGGAGUGGUCACAGUGCACGGUGACGUGUGGCCGAGGGCUGCGCUACCGAGUGGUUCUGUGCAUCGACCACCGCGGGCAGCACGUCGGAGGCUGCCAACCGUCACUCAAGCCUCACGUGAAGGAGGACUGCCUGGUCCCCGUGGCCUGCCACAAGCCCAGAGAGUCCCUGCCAGUGGAGGCGAAGCUUCCCUGGUCGAAACAAGCCCAGGAACUGGAGGAACACUACACCGCUACAGAAAACCCCACAUUCAUACCCGGGCCCUGGUCCCCCUGCAGCACCACCUGCGGCCCUGGCAGGCAAACUCGGGAGGUGAAAUGUCAGGUGCUGCUCACUUUCACCAAGACGGAGGUGGACCUUCCAGAGGAGGAGUGUGGCGGGGACAGGCCCCAGCUCGAGAGGCCCUGCAACCACGGGCCGUGUGCCAGAGCCACCGCAGUCCGCGACCACGGUGCUCCUUUGUUCCAGGCUGACGACCUGCACAGCUGGGACUUCAGAGGCUUCACUGCCUGCUCGGCCACGUGUGCUGCCGGGAAGCAGACGGCAGUGGUGAGGUGUGUGAACAGGAAGCAAGGUGAGGAGGUGGAUGAUGCUCUGUGCGAUCCGUCCAGCAGGCCGUCGGUAAUGAUCCGCAUCUGUAACCCUGAGCCGUGCCCCCCAAGGUGGGAGGUGACGGCGUGGACGGGCUGCUCUGCGUCCUGCGGUGUCGGCAUACAGACCAGGAGCGUGUUUUGCAUGCGUCUUUUGUCUGUCGACCAGCAAGAUAUUCAGACUAUUUCAGAGGACGCGUGCACGGAUUUCCGACCUGCCAUCCUGCAGCCCUGCAACCAGGUGGACUGUCCUCCAGCCUGGGAGACCGAGCCCUGGCAGCAGUGCUCCCAGACCUGUGGUGAUGGCGUUCAGGUGCGGAAGGUGUACUGUAAGCAGCUCCUGUACGGGGCCUACAGGCAGCUGGGGGACGACGCCUGCCAGGGAACCAAGCCCACUACGAACAGAGGCUGUGGCUUUAUGGACUGUCUGCCCUACACAGCAGGAGGAGAAUGGGGAAAGUGCUCCGUGUCCUGCGGUUUGGGGAUCCAGCGCCGGGAGCUGCUGUGCCUCCAGCUGACGGCGGCGGGGCGUCAGGUGACGCUGGCGAGGGAGCAGUGCUCGGGUUUACCGUCCCCACCGCUCGUACGCACCUGCCGCAUGAUGGCCUGUCCCAAGCACAAGAAGCAGAUGAGACCCAAAGACUCCCGAAAAGCCGCUGUGAAGAACCAGGUCAAGCAGCCGGUGAGACGCCCUGCAAAGACUAGAGGCUACGAGGAGGGGAUCAAACAGUGUCCCGCUCUCAUUAGCACGCACAGCAUCUACAUCCAGACCCGUAAAGAGAGGCGUCUCCACCUGACCGUUGGUGGCCACGCCUAUCUUUUACCCAACACCUCUGUGGUCAUCAAAUGCCCCGUCAGAAGGUUCCCCAAAGCCUACAUCCGCUGGCUCAAAGACGGCAGCGCCUUACCCAGCUCCCAACGCCUGGGCGUCACCAAGUCCGGCUCUCUGAAGAUCCAGUUCCUGGAGCCAGAGGACACCGGGGUGUACAAAUGUGUGGCAGGACCCGCCUCAGACAUUUUCACUCUCCAGCUGAUCGGUGGUGACAGCAGGUCGGCAGGUAGACCGUCUGCUCCCGGUCCCGGCUGGGAGGAGAUGCUGCCCAGCUGCUACAGCCACGACUCAGUCCUGAAGACGAUCCGACCUUGGGCCCAGGUUUCUCUGGUGCCCGCUGGUGGACAGGAGGCCUCCCUGCAGCCACGGGUGGAGGAGAGACUGAUCAAUGUCACGCUGCAGGCUGAUAGAGGAGAGAUCCAGCAGGAGCAGGCCUCAGAGCUCAUCUCCUCCCUGCUGACACAGAUGUCUCCUGCCCAGCUCUGGACCAGAACCACAAGGAGAGGAGGACAAGCUAAAGACAGACUGCCCAACUGGUCUGAGCACUCCCCACUGGAGACGGUAGCAAAGAGACCAGCGAUCAUCAGACAGCAGCAGAGCAUCCCACCCACCUUUCAGAAGAACAUCAACAUCAGUAUCGGACACAGCGCCCUCCUCACCAACGCCACACGGUCGCUGACCAUCCGGUGCCCUGCAGAGGGUUUCCCACCUCCCAAAAUCAGCUGGAGCAAAGACGGAGCUCUGCUGCAGCACUCUGACAGGGUGUCCUGGGAUCGAGCGGGCCUCCACAUCCUGCAGCUCAGAGCGUCUGACAGAGGCCAGUACAGGUGCACCGCUGCCAACACGCUCGGCUCAGACUCGGAGACUUCCCAGCUGCUGCUGGCAGAGCCUCCGGCCAUCGCGGUGUCUUGGAGAAACGUCUCAGACCACGGGGGGAUGCUGGGCCACAGCUUGACAGCCACUGUCGGAGGACAAAUCAGCAUUCGUCCAGGCGCCAACCUCACUGUGGACUGUCCCAUCAGUGGUGUUCCUCAGCCCAUGGUGUCGUGGCACAGGAAGGACGGGCCGUUGGACGCCGGCGCCGUCUCCCUGCCGUCUGGCUCGCUGUGGAUCCGAAAUGUUUCCGUGCACGACCAGGGCACCUACUCCUGCACCGCCACCAACACCAUAGGAAAGUCCACCGCCUCCACAGUCCUGAAGGUCCACGAUCCUUAUCCAGCCGGAGGGAGCCGGGUUCUUCCAGCGUCUCAGGAGCUGAGCAGGAGGAGAGUCCUCAUGGCGUCACGGCGCGGCACGAGCGUCUUCAUCAAACCUGGAGACAUCCUGCGCAUAGGCUGUCCGGUGGUUUCCGACCAUAAACUGCCUGUGCGCUGGGAAUACAACAACCGGACCCUGAAGGAGGUUUCGGGUCCGGAUCAUCAUCAGGGUCUGCAGCACAGGAUGUUGGUGGGAGGUCGGGUGCUCGAAGUCAGCACGCUCCAGGGGAAGUUCGCUGGCCGCUACAGAUGCCAGACCUUCAUCAACAGCACCAGACAAAUCCUGUCAGCCUGGAUAUUCGUUCACAGCGAAGAGUUUGGCUGGAGAUUCGGGGACUGGACCACCUGCAGUACUUCCUGCGGGAGCAGAGGGACGUGGCUGCGGCGGAUCCGAUGCGUCUCUCUGGACGGAAAGGAUGUUCACCCCGACAUGUGUCAGCGCAUACCGAAACCCGUCACGUCCCCGGUCCCCUGCAACAGACAGGCCUGCCCCCCCAGAUGGUCGGUGUCGGAGUGGUCAAAGUGCUCGGCCUCGUGCGGCGCUGGCCAGAAGCAGCGGCGGGUCACCUGUCAGCAGCUGGACGCCGGAGGCGCUGCGAGGACGCUGCCGGCGGCCGCCUGCGAGGGACGAGUCAGCCGGCGGACACGGAGCCGUGCUCCGCCAAUAACUGCCCCGUCUGGGUGGCCAGUCCGUGGGGGAAGUGUUCGGGGAGGUGUUUGGGCCCCACCACCACCGUGCAGAAGAGAUCGGUCGUCUGCCAGCACGCCAACGGCUCCUCCUACACAGACUGUGACCUCCGGAGCAGGCCGGUGUCCGUGCGCAACUGUUCCUCUGACCUGUGCGAUGUUCAGUGGCGUCCCGGUGCAUGGCGAGCAUGCACCGUGGUCUGUGGGAGUGGCUUCCAGUCCCGCAGGGUGGACUGCGUUCACAGCAAGACCGGCAGGACUCUGGCCGACCAGCACUGCGCCUGGCUCCAGCGACCCUCCACCUGGCAGCACUGCAACACCGCCACCUGUGCGAGUGAAUGUGAGGACACCACCCAGUACUGCAGUGUGGUGAGGAGGCUGAGGCUGUGCCAUGUGGACACGUACAAACAGAGAUGCUGCAGCUCGUGCCUGCGUGGCGUUGACUCCACCUAGUGGCGGUGGAAGGUUUUAACCGCACACACACACACACACACACACACACACACACACACACACACACACACACACGGGUCUACAGGAGGCGGGAGCCUGAGCAAAGACUAAGACGGACAGCCCAUGAGUGGACGCCGACCCCGACGAGCUUCAGCGUGAAUCUUUCACAAACUGAAAGGAAAUCUGACGACAGGACGAGCGGGCUUUAUUUUCUUAUCUGGACCUAAACUGUAACAUGAAGACAAGUGUUCACUAUGUGGAUCAAAUAAAGUUUUGGAUUUUCCUACAGAGUUAGCUAGUUUCCAGUGAGAUUUUAAAAAAGCGUGUUUUCUCUUCAACGAGGCGCAGACGGACGGAUCAGUCUGCCAGCAGCAUGUGACGCCUCUGCAGUGUCACGCUUUUCUGUCUCUGGUCUCUUUAUUUAUUUGUGCAAUUCUUCAAAAGUCUUUUUAUUAAAUGACACAGUUAAAAACAGAAAAAAGGAAGUUCCAGUUUGUUACAGCUCGGGUCGUUUCUGUGAACGUUAAUGAAGCCGGACGAGUGCCACAGACGGUGUCCGAGCGAGAGACGAGGGUCAAAACUGACUCGGCUGCUAAGAAACUGGAGCUGUCCUUAAAUCUGGCCCUGCCGUUGCAUCGGCGCGGCGUGUCGCCGUGCUUCAGCUGCUCGUUCCUUCGCUGUGGAUCCAGAGUGCAAAGUUUCCCAGGCUUUUCCAUCCUGAUGAGCUCGACUGACACAAUUCUUGUUUUUCUUUGAAAAUGAAACAUAAACUCUGAACAUUGGAAGCAUUGCCUUUAAAGUCCUGCACUUGUUUCUGAGAUGAGCUUCAGUGUUCAGUGCUGGGUUUGAUUUCUUUUACUGCAUCUGUUAUCUAAGCUGUGGUUAGAUGUCACCAGAACACUUUUGAAGGUUUGGGAAGGAUUCUGGUUUUCAUUCAGUCUUUACUUAUUACAACAUUUUUUUUUAAACAAGUCGAUUCAGUCCAACAGAAAUGUCUCCAUAAGUGAGCUGAGAGGUAAGAAAAUAAAGUUAAAUAAGACAUAAUUUAUAUAGACAAAUUAUGAAGCGUUACUGAAAGUAUCUUAUUUAUAAUUUACCAGUAAAAAACUAUAACAAAAUUAAAAAGUAAUGAAAAAAGCUGCUUGGCAGAAACACAACAAUAAAGUAAAUAUUCACUGAUGCGUCAGCACAAAUAAAACACCACAUGAAAUCCAGACUAUAGAAAAUCAAUAAAUUCAGUUUUAUUUAUUUCUUAUGGACCCAAAUCACAACAACAGUCUGAAGGUAAAGAGCGCACAACAUUAGAAAGAAACCCAACCUCUGAGAACACAGACUGUAUACAAAAGAUGGACGUCACCACUGUGACACCGCCCACUGACUCGUUAGUGACGUGUAGUGACGUGAGGGUCUGGCUUCUCAGUUAUAAAGUAUCAAUACAGUAAUUAAGUAUCAAAGAUCCAAAAUUAAGAUCAAAGUAGUGACGAGGCCACGAACUCAUCAGUGGACUGUGGGCUCAUUUUCACCUAGAUUUAUUUUACAGAAGCUUCUCCCCCUGCUGGCCAACAGAAAAAACGCAGGUUUAAGACUUGACUUUUCAGACCGAGAAGCUCGUUCCAUCUUUCAUGUACAGCUUCUGUGUGGGCACAGCUGUGAUAACCCACCACAGCUGUUCUUCUACACUAUAGUAAAUUCUGCCUGAAUCUCAGAGCCACACAGUCGUCCUGUAUGAGCAGAUUUUUUUGGUGAUACCAAGUUUCUGCUGCUGGUGGAGCUUCAGUUUGCCAAAGCACAGAUGUUCUAACCCGCCUCUGAUCCUCAGCCGUGACAAAGCUUUGUAAAAUAAUUUCAGCUCACACUGAGACACCAGCGCCACACUGAUUUCGACCGACGGCGUCUGCUCAUGUUACCUUUGUAGGUUAUCAUACCGACGUGCUGCAUUGUACAGUGUCCUGUAUAUACUGUGUUCUAAGUGCAAUAUCGUACUCUGAGUGUAUGUAGACUGUGCGAGGCCUUUAUUUUCUUACUUCCUGUUGUAUUUUUAACUCCUGUUUAGGAUAUAAAGCACUCGUAUUGUGUACGUUGAUCAGGUGGUGCGUUCGCUGCCCCUCGCCUGGUUUGAUUUGCAUGUGAUGUUUUCUUGCUCCGUUGUGACAGACCACUCAGUAACGUGUUCAGUGUUUCUCUCUGGCUGCUGAUGACUGCACGGUACGGCCAAUCGGAUGUGACGACAUCCAGCUUGGCUGAAAGAACGUGCGACAAAUCAUAAAUAUGCUUCAGGUGACAGUGCAAAGGAAUAAAGACUGUUUGAUCACUUCAUGACUGCGGAGCUGCUUUUUGUUUGCAUUUGAAAAUACAAAUAUUCCCAGAGAA